AUGAAGUCGAAGCGUCUGGCCUUUGACAAUUUCAAGGGUCCCUUUGUGACGCACGGUAUUGAUGUGAUCGAAGACCCCAAGCAGGCGGAUGCAGUGUACAUCGUCGCAGUCAACCACCUUCCCAACCCGGAGUAUUACGAACAGGAAGCCGAAGCAGCCGAGGCUCAAAAUAUCCCCAAGGCGCGCUCUCAGAUCGAACUCUUCCGCCACGUCCUACAGUCGAACACGGUGCAGCAUGUGCGCUCAAUCCGACAUCCGCUUAUCCGCACCCCGAACGAUGUCAUCGCCGACAGCCCGCACUCGCUCUACGUGACCAAUGACCACUUCUACCCCGAGGGAACCAUGCGGCUCAUUGAGGACCUCUGGCCUUCCGCCAAGUGGACGAAUAUCAUCCACGUCCAAAUCGACGAUCUCAAGUCCAAAGAUGCUACGGCAGGUAUCCAGGCCACGGUCGCCCACACGGGUCUGUGGAAUAACAACGGGCUCGGGCACGGCCACUCCGAGCAGGAAGUGGUGAUUUCGAGUGCCAUGGGUGGCGAGCUGUAUCUCGCCAAUAAAUACGACAACAAUAAUACCUUGUCCAUCCACAGUACCAUCUCCUUUGACACUGUCACCGACAACCCGAGCUACUACGCGGACCCCUACCGCACGGACUCGGACGAUGCGAGCGGAUAUGUUGUCGCAGGCAUUUCACAACAUUUCAACCUGCCGAAGACUUCCAAGGAUCCCGAGGCGAAGGAUCCAUGUCAGACCUGGUAUGCCCGCCCCGCGGGUGAUGGAAAAUGGGAGAAGAAGAUGCUGUUUGAAGACGAUGGCUCGAGACUUCGUACGGCGAGUGCGGCGGUUUUGGUGCCCAUUGAGCCAAAGGAGGAUGGCAAGAAGAGAGCGUGGUUGUUUGUGACGGGAUUUAUUUCGGAGAGUAUGGUUGCUGUGCAGGUGGAGCUGUAA